AUGGGAUUGGACUUUCAGGUAGAAACAGAUCAUAAGCCUCUGAUCAGUCUGUUGAUGAGUAAGGAGCUAGCGAAACUACCUCCAGGAAUCCUCCGACUUCGACUUAUGCGGUAUAGUACAACAGUGGUAUAUGUCCAAGGCAAGAAUCAGGUGGUCGCCGAUGCGCUUUCGAGAGCUCCGGUGGAUCUACCUACGAAAGGUGAUUUGAUACAAAUUGAGGAAGUUGAAACAUUUGCGAAGGCUGCGAAUGACAGUUUACCAGCGACUCCUACUCGUCUAAGGGAGAUCAAGGAAGCACAGCGAAGCGACGCUGAAUAUACCCAAAUCUAUGAGUACUGCAAGAAUGGUUGGCCUCCAUACAGGCCUGAUACACUAUUUAUGGGGAAACAUUGGGAACAUCGUCAUCAUCUCUCGAUUGUGGAUGAUUUGAUUCUGUAUGAUAACAGAAUAGUGGUACCAAGAGACUUGCAACUUGAUAUGCUCAGGAAAAUUCACCGCGGACAUCUUGGAAUCUCGAAGUGCCGUGGACGUGCCGCUAUUUCUAUUUUGUGGCCUGGCAUGUCAGCAAUGAUUGAAGACAUAGAAUACCUACUUGUUGUGGACUAUUAUUCUCGAUGGAUCGCUAUAGAACAGCUAGUAGAUACAUCAUCUCGCGGUAUCAUUGACAUACUUCGGAAGCUCUUCGCUGUCCAUGGAAUACCAGACACGGUUGUCUCUGAUAAUGGUCCGCAGUACAGCUCAAAGGAGUUCAGAUAUUUUUCACGAAACUGGAAUUUCGUACAUGUUACUAGCAGUCCACGAGAUCCUAAGGCGAAUGGAGAAGCCGAAAGAUCGGUCAGAACUGCAAAAGCGAUUUUGAAGAAGAACGAUGAUCCUUACUUAGCAUUAUUAUCGUACCGUUCAUCUCCUCUUCAGAAUGGAAAAUCGCCAAGUGAGCUAUUAAUGAAUAGAAGACUUCGUACUCAGUUGCCUACAAUAGAUGCCCAACUAACUGCAGUCCCGGACAAGUCAAAUGUAGCGGAGCGUGAGCACCAUUAUCGCGAAAAAUCAAGCAACGCAGUUUAA